AUGGAGAACAAUGGUCAGAAAUGUAAGGAGAUUGAGAAUGGUGAAGCGCAGGGCGCUCCUCCAGCCAAAAAGAAUUGGUCACAGAAAGACUUGAAAGAUGAUCUGAACUAUCUCGGGAUGUGCAUACAGCAAGGCGAAGAUAACGCUUUGAACAAAGUUGAGCUAAGAAGGAAAUAUGCCACAGACCAUAAAAGAUGUCCUUCGGAAGCAGAGAAAGCACGCUUGGAGCAAGAUUUUGAUCAGGAGGUGAAAGAAAUCAAGGAACGAUCUAAAGUAUUCGAAGACAUGCUCUUCGAUUGGAAUCGUCGCUUCAAGACUCUAGAGGUGGUGAAGGAGAAGUUGGGUUCAGGCGCAGUCGAGCCGACUGCUGGCGGCUCCUCAGACGACAAACCAAUGACUCGGGGGGAAAUGGUGGCAAUUUUGCGACAAUGCCAAGCAAACCCCGCACCAAAACUGGUUAUCGAAGAUCAGACGAAGAAGUUGGACAAUUUCAUUAAGAAGAUGGAAGCUCAAACGAAAGCCAUGCAGGGCGUGGCAGACUUGGUGGACAAAGAAGUGGUCCUCGAAACAAUAUACCAAGACUAUGAAAUCGACGAUAUCGUGAGCAAACUCGAGUUGGAGAAUAAGCUGGUUGAGAGGCUUGUCGGCGAAGACUACUUAGAUGAGGUUGUUGAGAUAUUGAGCGAAAGCCUUUUGGAGAAAGACGCUGUGACCGAAAGGCUGAAGAAGAAGCGCAAGGCUGACGACUUUGGCGAGGAGAGGCAGGCGAAAAAGAUAAAGGCUAUCGGCCCAGAUGGCACCGAGUAUUUUGGUGAGGUCAAGAAGGACGGCCGGUGGCAUGGUUAUGGCGAGGCCAUUUUUGUAAAGGUAAGGGAUGCUAAGGGCCAGUGGGAGAAUGGCAAGAAACAUGGCCAGGGCAUCCGGACUUAUCAAAAUAAGUCCAAAUACGAGGGCCAGUGGGAGAAUGGCAAGAAACAUGGCCAAGGCAUCCAGACUUAUCAAGAUAACUCCAAGUACGAGGGCCAGUGGGAGAAUGGCAAGAAACAUGGCCAGGGCAUCAUGACUCUUGAAGAUGGUCGAUCUUACGAGGGCCAGUGGGAGAAUGACGAGAAGCAUGGCCAGGGCAUCCUGACUUUUCAAGAUGGUCAAUCUUACGAGGGCCAGUGGGAGAAUGACAAGAAGCAUGGCCAGGGCAUCCAAUUGGUUUGGAAGGAUGGUGCCCAUUACGAGGGCCUGUGGGAGAAUAGCAAGAAACAUGGCCAGGGCAUCAAGACUUAUCUAGAUAACUCCAAGUACGAGGGCCAGUGGGGGAAUCACAAAUUCCAUGGCCAGGGCAUCAAAACUUAUAAAGAUGGUAGCUCUUACGAGGGCCAGUGGGGGAAUGGCAAGCAGCAUGGCCAGGGCAUCCGGACUUAUAAAGAUAAGUCCAAAUACGAGGGCCAGUGGGAGAAUGGCAAGAAACAUGGCCAAGGCAUCCAGACUUAUCAAGAUAAUUCCAAGUACGAGGGCCAGUGGAAAGAUAACACUUUGCAUGGCCAGGGCAUCAUGACUCAUGAAGAUGGUCGCUCUUACGAGGGCCAGUGGGAGAAUGGCAAGAAACAUGGCCAGGGCAUUUGGACUAUUGAAGAUGGUGCCCAUUACGAGGGCCUGUGGAAGGAUGGAGAAUUGCUUGAGAUGAGUUAG